GAUAAUCCACUCCGCAGCCUCAAUUCUUGUCUCUUCACUCUACAGACCCUCCAAAACCCUUGUCAUCCACCGCCGUUUACGGCGGCGUACUCCUUAUUUCUCCGUCAUCCCCGGCGAACCAGCAAUGGCAUCUACACCGGUGUCAGAACUCUCCGACGGACCAGUCCUGAGUGUGAUCAACAAGCGUCUCCGUGCUCUUCGCAAGAAACACAGCCGCAUUCUCCAAAUGGAAGAAUCCCGCACGAAAGGAAAAACUCUUAACAAGGAGCAAGAAGAAACUCUCCGCUCCAAAUCCGCUGUUAUUGCUGCCAUUGAUGAGCUCGAGAAGCUUCGUCAGCCACUAGCUGCUGCUGUGGUUGAAGAAAUCAACCUCUCCACUGGACAACACCAAGUUUCUCCAGCAGAAUCCGCCGUUAAUAUCUCUAUUGAUUCUACUGACAAGGGAGAACCUGCACGCGAGGGUGUUUUGGUGGUUGAGGAUUUACUUAAUCUAUUGUACUUUGGUAGUAUGUUUGAUGUGAAGUCAUUGCAGAGUGAUUUUACACCUACGAUGUUGACGAGGACUAUGGAGAGAGCUUGUUGUUUGAGCUACGACUGUAUGCCGGAUGAUGAAUCAACGGACGUGAUGGAUCUGUUAGGGGAGAGAGAUUUGGAUUUGAUUUCUAUGCUUAGUGGGUUGCUUGUUUCACGGCCUGUUAACUCUCCCUUGUCACACAAGCACGCUCUUCAGAAAUGUAUUGAGCAUGCAAAGCUAUGGCUUUCGAAGUCCGAGCAGCCCAUUGAACCCAAUUCCGAUGCUACUUAUGCCGGGCUGAGAUCAAAGCUCGAUAAGAUCAUUGCUUCACUAUAUUUUACCACUGACCCUGUUAAAGUGGAGGCAGCUGCUGGUAAAUAUGGAUCUUAUUCGGUGCCAGUAGAAGAGCAUCAUGUGGAGGCUGUGCCUGUUGAUGUACCCUUGCAGGUGGACACUCCAAGUGUGCAGUAUGAGCAGAAGGAAGAAGCUGUAAGUUCUCAAGCAAUUGAAACUAAUGACAAUCACAUCAGCAAUAAUAUCGAACUGCAGCAGGGUGGACAGGAUAUCAAUCAACCUGCUGAACCAGAAGAAGUCGUGUUUGAGGUUGAAGGCGUUGACAAUAUGAAGGAUGCAGAUUUCAAUGAGCAACAAUCUGUUCCCCGGAGAUCUUACCAGAAUCAGAAUUACAGGGGUAACCGUGGUGGGAGUGUGGGUGACCGUCGUGGAUAUUCCAAUGGUCGUGGAGGACGUGGCAGAGGAGGGUCCUAUCAGAAUGGUCGCAACCAAUACUAUGACCAAUCUGGUAAUUAUCAACAGAGGAACUACAAUAACUAUAGGGGAAGAGGUGGCAGGGGUACAGGUGGUGGCGGAGGUUAUAAUCAUUACACUUCAGGCGAUCAAGCUGGCAGUUACUCUGCUGAUUUAAGAUAUGAAAUGUGAAAGGUUCGAUUUGUAUCAAUGCCUACUUCAGACAGGAGGUGAUAAUUAUAUAACACUUGUUUUUGCCUUGCCAAUUCUUCAACUUUCAGCUUCAGUGACAAUAAUCAGUUUCUCAACGAUAUUAAUAAGGUUAAAGUUCGAUUACACCUCCAGAUGAAAGUAAAUGCAACGACUCAAAAGGUAAAAGCCUAAAUCAAAAUGCAGAAAUAUUGAAAGUAAGAAGUAGGAUCGAUUGAAGAAGGAGAUGAUGAAUUAGAGUUUACAUUUAGAAAA